ACCGUCCAAUUGGGCUCAGCUGCUUCAGCUUUACUCUGCUGGCUUAGUCAAAGCUGGUCACUUCUCAUCUGCCCUCGGCGCCUGCUCCCAGCUCUCUCAGCCCUCAGGAGAAACUACUCACCAGCUGCCACCAUGGAGGCCAUCAAGAAGAAAAUGCAGAUGCUUAAAUUGGACAAGGAAAAUGCCAUUGACCGCGCAGAGCAAGCUGAAAUAGACAAGAAGGGAGCUGAGGAUAAGUGCAAACUGCUGGAAGAGGAGCUGCUGGGGCUGCAAAAGAAGCUGAAGGGUGUGGAGGAUGAGUUGGAUAAGUACUCAGAGUCACUGAAGGAUGCACAGGAGAAGCUGGAACAGGCCGAGAAAAAAGCUACAGACGCAGAGGCUGAGGUGGCCUCCCUGAACAGACGUAUCCAGCUGGUUGAGGAAGAGUUGGACAGGGCCCAGGAAAGACUGGCCACAGCACUGCAGAAACUCGAGGAAGCAGAAAAGGCUGCAGAUGAGAGCGAGAGAGGAAUGAAGGUCAUUGAGAACAGAGCAACAAAGGAUGAGGAGAAGAUGGAACUUCAGGAGAUGCAGCUGAAGGAGGCCAAACACAUUGCUGAGGAGGCUGACCGCAAAUAUGAGGAGGUGGCCCGUAAGCUGGUCAUUCUUGAAGGUGAUCUUGAGCGUUCUGAAGAGCGUGCUGAGGUGGCUGAGGCCAAAUCUGGUGACCUUGAGGAAGAGUUGAAAAAUGUCACCAACAACUUGAAGUCAUUGGAAGCACAGGCAGAGAAGUACUCCACAAAAGAAGACAAAUAUGAAGAGGAAAUCAAAGUGCUUACUGAAAAACUAAAGGAGGCUGAGACUCGUGCUGAGUUUGCAGAGAGGUCUGUGGCUAAACUUGAGAAGACCAUUGAUGAUCUGGAAGAGAAACUAGCCCAGGCUAAAGAGGAGAACCUAGGCAUGCACCAAGUGCUGGACCAAACCCUUAUGGAGCUAAACAAUUUAUAAAGUGCAAACCCUGUGCCACCUUCAAGAGUCUUACAUGGCAUAGAGCUUUCCAGUUGGUUUGAAUGCAACAAACUUGUGUGCACCGAUCCUUUAGAGGGGUAUGGUCUUUAUAGCUACAGUCAAAUAGAUUUCAGUGUCCUGAUAUUACAAUCUGCCAUUUUAUACACGUGGAUGGAUACCCAAUGUCUUUUCUUAAGAAACAAGCCCAAAGUUUUAAUUAGUCAUAUAAUUAGUAGUAUAUGUGUUAGCAUUGCUAAACUGACAGUGUUCAGUUAUUUCACUCAGCAGCUUAAUGACCAAAAACAUGUAUUCAUCUUUUAUUAGCAGUCUUUGUUAUAUCCAGCAAACUGUUUUUCUUUUUAUUCUCUAUUGUUUACAUCACAGUACUUUUAAUUAUUCUAGCAUUUUACCAGUCCAAUAAUACCAAUAUAAAUACCAAUAUGAAUUAAUUACAAACACAAUGCAAAAGUACCAUUAAAUGUAAUAAGUACUUUUAACUGGUCUUUUCUCUGUACAUUUUAGCACUUUAGUUGUAAUUGUACGAUCAGUGAGUAAUAAUUCUGCAUGGAUUCAUGACACUGUGCACUUCACACCUUCACCUGAUUCAAUCCUGACAAGUCCACUGUGCUCUAUUAGUGAUCUUUAGUCAAAUCUUUGGUACGUUUUAUAAUUUAAUACUUAAAAAUAGUCAGUGUGUACAGUAUGUAACCACUCAUAGCUGAGCAUAACUUUUCAGUCAUGAUUACUGAUUGGCACCGUUGACCAAACAAAGCGGGCAGAAGUGAAUGUUUACAAAUGUGAAAUACGUCCAUUCUGUAAUGGCUGAAGUAUCACUGUGCAUUCAUUUUUUACCUGAAUUGAUGUUAUAUUAUAAAUGAUUUAUUGACAGUUUGAUGUAUUCAUACAUUUUCUUUUUCCCUGCUAUUUUUACCUUGUUAUACCGGUGCAUACUUUAUAAAAUGAAGUUUUAAAUGAAGUAAAAGACAUUUGUUAUUUGAUAAGGUAAUUUGAUGUCUUAUUAAAAUAUCAACUAUAAAUAACAACUUUUUAAUACAUCAUAUUUCUAUGCAGUUGUGUAAGCUCUUUGUUAAAGAUCAUUAAAAUGUUGAAUACAA